GUUAACUAUUCUUGCAAUUAUCCCACAUACAUAGUCUUAAGAUAAGGUCCAAAUUACCAAGUAUUUGGUUUCGAUUGUAUAACAAUCCACUUAUAUUUGAUAUUUGGUAAGUUUACGGAAAAUUACUCGGUGUACGUGCGUAAGAAUUAUUUUUGAGCCAUUGCAUCAGCUGGAAACCCAGCAAAUAUAUUCUUUUCAAAAACCAUUUUAAGAAUGAUGUUCAGUAGAAAUUACUAAUCUCCACGGUUGAAUGAAUAGCUUUCACGUGAAUAUCAUUGUACCACAAAGAAGUCAGACAGGGACAUGAGCAACAUGAAUUUUUCUCAAAGAAACAGUUCAAGUUCAUCAUCUGAAGAGGAGGAUAAUGGGAAGGAAAAGCACUAUGACAGCAAAUGCAAAUACGAACGAAUCAUAGGUGUUGUCGACAGAAUGGAAUGCGUAUUCCUCGUCCGAAUAUGCAAAUGCAAGAUGUAUCCCGACAAAUCAUAUGUUAUUGAACGGAAAUGCUUUUCUGAACAAGACGGAGUUGAAGUGCACUUCAGAGAAUCAUGCGAAUGGCAAAUGAAGCAAACGUCAUACGGAACAACCGUCUACAAACUAAAGCGCGACUGCAAAUGCAGACAACCACAGACAGCUUCUGGUGUGAGCAGCAUGAACUAUGUUCCCUCGGCAUACUGAUUGAAAUGGACGAGUUGUUCCAUCCACAAUUGAAAAUUACUGGGAGGACCAACAAGGAUCAGGGAACGCACCAACUAUUUGUCGUUAAUACCCUGUAUUCUAUAGAAAAUAAAUCCUUUAAAAUAA